AUGCUCCUGGAGGUGGCCGGGGAGUUCACUGUGCCCAAUAUCAGAUCAAAGGAGGAGUUGCAGGAGGUGCUCCUGGCUAAGAACUACGUGUUGGAUUUGCGGGGAACUGAGAUACGGAUGAGCGAUUCAGUGAGGAGAGAGGUGUAUCAGGCCUUAGGAGUCGUGGAGGAAGACGGGGUUGAUUUGGUAAAGAGGUCAAUUUUUCUUAAUGGAUCCAUCGCCAACGCCCCGCCGGGGUCAAAUGAACUUGUGCGUUGCUUUCUUCGUAGAGGCACGAGGGAGGAGCAUUUCAGCCUGCUAAGGGAACUAGCGAAACGACGCAGAGCCGAGCUGGAGGGGGAUGUUACAAAGAGAGGUGCAACGCGUCAGCAGCGAGCAACAGGUGGCAAGAUUGCUCAGAAGCAUGCUGACCGUCAGACGCAGAGCGCCGAUCUAAUUCGUGGCCAGAACGGAGCAGACUCGUCAGGAGGAGCAGCAGCAGAUACACAAGGGGACGAAAAGGGGGAGAUGAAGUCGAGCGGAUCUAUGGAGGGAGCAGGAGCUGUUGCUGGCAAUGAAGGGAAGGGAAGUAACUAUUUACAGCAGCCGUGCGAUGAGCUAACCACCUUCCGUUCAGCAACGACAGCCUCCGAACUGGGGACGUUUCGAUGA